AUGAGCAACACAAAGCUGCCAUAUAAUUUUCUUCAGGGAAAUGCUAACGACAUACCGAUGGCUGAUGAAAAAAUUGAAACAUCCAAGGCCAACGAAACUGUCGUUCGACACAGUACGACCGCCGAUGGAUUGAACAUGAAGUUUGUCUCUCUCGCCAGCCACAAAAUGGUUCCAUCCAAGUUUGAAGAUUGCUUUACAAAAGACGGAAAGCAGGCUAAACAGUUAGCCACAGAGUAUGCGGCGGAAAAGGCUUUCAGCAUCAUCGCAGACGGCAGAAAUAAGCGCGACACAAGCGCUCCAUGGCCCACAAGAAUUGUUUCCGCAUUGGGUUCAGAUGAGGAAGUUUAUUCGGCUGGUGCUGACUGUGGUAUGUUUGCGGCCAUUUUCACAGCCUAUUCCCAUCACUAUAGGCUUAGGACAUCGCCAGAUGAUUGGUGGUUCUGUGUUAUCAAGAGGGUUGCCUGUGCUAUCGAUCGAAACUCAUCGAAAGCCUCAGUGCGCAACUUGUUUGUCGAUCAUGAAGGAAAGAAAACUAUCGAAGUACAGGUUGGAGAUCCCACCAUCUACACCGUGGAUUACAACUUCCUGUUCGAUGAAAUAACAAAACAGUUAAAAGAAAACUUAAAAGUGCCGGAGUUUGUUGAUGGAGUCACCGCAGAUUUUGGGACCACCUCUGCGGUACAGAAGAUCGUCUCGCAGAUUACCCUGAUGUAUUCUGUAAACCAAUAUUUCAAUUUUGGAAUGAUUUGCGGAUGUGGAAUACCAGCGUUGGAGAUGCUUGGCAGUGAAGAAGACUGGAUGAAAUUGAGUUCUAAGCUGAAAGUUUUAAGAACACUCUUAGAACCCAUAGAGAACGACCUUAACCUUUCACGGGAAUGGUGGGAUCUGGUUCAGAAAGUGUUCUGGAAUCUGCAGGCCACUUAUCGGGGAGACCCAGAUGAAGAUUGGUGGAGUCAUAUCAUGAGCUAUCAACAAGCUUAUUCCUCGGGUAUGUACGGUACAAUCAAUUUAUACGAUUGCAGUACAAAACCACAUGAAAAACUUAGACAACGCUAAGGGACCUAUUAAAAAAGGAAACAAGAAUUUAUGCUAGCUACGAAACUGGUAAUGUAUCGGUCAAAUCGAAGCUUCAACAUGCCCCCCCCCACCCCCGGGCAUACCUCGGGCAUUUGACACCUUUGCCGUCCCGGGGAGGAGGGAAUUUGAUUAUCAGAGUCUUCUAGGGGGUGGGGAAUUUGAUCCCCAUGCUUUAGGGGUGGGGAAUUUGAACUGCACCCUCGAUUUCAUGUAAAAUCUUUGGCGUGGCGAGCUAUCAUGGGGGAAGUGGUGUUAGAGGAUUUUCGUGGAAAAGAUUGUGCCUUUGUGGCCAAUUGUUUACGAGGAAAGGGCUUAAACAAGCUUUGUGCCGUAUUUGAAGUAUUUAAAUUUUAAAAUUUUUAAUAUUGGAUUCAGGCUUUGAAUGUAUGAAUGUAUUUUAUUGUUGCGUUUACAAUGAAAUACAACACCUAUACCGGCGAUUCAAUACAACAACAUAAAAUAAAAUAGAAAGCUCAGGUCAACUACUUUUACCUACUGUAAGUAUGUUAAUUAAUAAGAUGAGCGAUGAUGCAUGUCAGUGAAAUGGUCAUGAUGUAGUAAUCUCAAUAGGUGGGAUCUUUUUUUAUACAACGCUUUGUAUGUUGCAUGACGAAGAAAAGCUGAGCAUUCAGUGACCUUGUAGCAGCGAUUUCCGCCGCUUUGCACGAGACUUUUGUUCGUAGUAAAUACGCUAACCGUGUUUCUCAGUUUUUGUUAUAUUUAUAAAGAUUUUGUUCGACAACUGAAGGCGUUUCCGCCGUCCUUCUGUCAUUUUUGUGCCUGUAAAAUGUCCCCGGGGUGGGGGCAUUUGAUCACCUGAAUGGACCCUAGUGUGGGGCAUUUGAACGGCAUCUUGGCCCGGGUAGGGGGGAAUUUGAACAAAAAAUUUCAAAAAAGUCAAAUGCCCGGGGGGUUGCCCGGGGGGGGCAUGUUGAAGCUUCGAUUUGACCGAUACAUAAAAAGGUCUUGAGAGAAUUGCAGUCCGUAGACUUACCAAACGCUGAUGUGCUUAUAAACGGCUUGUUUUACACAAAAAGGAUUGACCAUUUUCAUUUUAUUGUACUCUUUUUAUCCACAAACAAUAUAUACUACUGGUUCAACUAUAGCUAGGGAUUAACGGGUGUUUACCAAAACAUAUCACAGCUCAGUAAGCUGAUCACAAGCAGCAGUUCCUAGAAUGUCGAAAAAGUUCUUAAAUGGAAAUUCAUCAUCAUUUUGGAAAAGCAUUCCCUGUGAAGAGUUCGUAUAUAAUCACAGUCAGCGCGAGUGGGCUAUCCAAAGCUCUUUUAUUUGAGAUUUUAUGUCAGGUUUAAUGAAGUCUCUUCAAGUUAAAAUAAACUCUGUUUAUUAUGGACUGUCGCUUAUGAGGACACUAACUCGAAGUCCCUGCGGUGUUCGCAAGAAAGGGAGUUGACUGUACUUCGUCUGAUCUAGGGAGUACAUAUUCACAAAAGUAAGCAAACGAAAAUAAUUCACUAAUUUUGUUUUGUUUCUCAGGAUUUCCCACUGGCAGAAGUUUUAUCAGAGGAUGGAUCACAGAUUUCUUGGAGGAACUAGCAAAUGUAAGACAACUGUGGGGGCCUGGUGACUUUACAAGUGGCUUAGUGGCCGUUCCUUUCACUAUCAAACAUCCCUCUGGUGUCCAGGAUACCGCGGCAUUAGUGGCAGGAAUUCUGGGGUUCACAGUUCACAGGGUACCCAACUGUGAUGAGGUGUCUGUACAACCAUUCCAAGGAUGGUCUCUUAUGUUGUCCGACGACUCGCCUUUUUGCAAAUUUUGA